UGCUUAAAACAGGAAAAGUAAAAACAAUGCACAACUAAAACAAGCAGUGACUGCAGCAUAGAUGUGGUGGACAAUCUUCUCUGUGGGAUAGUUUAACAGGAUGGAAGUUGGUCAAUGCCACCUGUGCUCUCUGCUUCUCCUGGGAAUCCUUUCAGGUUGUAUUUGUAACAACACAAUCACUGAUACUACUCCAGUUAUUCCAGCAACAGAGCAAGCUAAAAGCACAGAUCAAAACCCUGCAAAACCCAACAAUCACGUCGUAACGACUGCAACUAUGGAAACGGAUCCCACUUGUCAGGAUUCCAAGCCUUUGAUGCAACACCGUUCCCUGUCGUCCAUCACCAUGAAACCCGUAGAUACCUCUCGAAUCAUUUUGGAAGGGAGUUCUGCCACUCUGGAGUGUCAGUUUAAGGCCCCAUCUGGGGUAAACGUUUUCUGGAAAAAAUCUUGCUCCCCAAAUUGUAGCAGCAGUCUUAACGUCUCCGAUACCAGCCACCGCAAAAUCUCUACAAACAUCUUUCAGGGCUGGUCAAAGCUCUUCUUUCAUUCAACCCAAAGGAAUGAUACUGGCAUGUACUACUGCUUUCUUGUUGCUGACUCCGGUUAUGGGCAAUCAUGUGGAACAUAUCUAUGGGUCAGGAAACCUCACCCCAUCUCCUUCCUGAAUAUGCGUGAAUCCAUUAAAAACAAGAUUAUCACUGUGGAAGGAUUCCUUCUGCUUAUCUGUGCCAUUGGUCCUGGCCUUUUUCUGCUGUUCAAGAAGAGAUGGGAAAACGAGCGCCUCUUGCAAGCCAAGAAGAAAGCUUGUGAAGAGGAGAAUCUGUAUGAAGGACUGAAUCUGGAUGAUUGCUCAAUGUAUGAGGACAUCUCCAGAGGUCUACAAGCUACUUACCAAGACAUAGGCAAUGUCAAAGUGAUUGAUUUACAGCUAGAGAAACCAGAGAAACCAUGAAUUAAAAAUGCCUCGUUGUAAUUUUCUAGUUUAUUGAAAAUGGUUAUUUUAAAAGUCUUCCUUGAUAUCUCUUGCUGAUAAUGUGUACAUAUGUGAUGGCGAUUCUGUAUUUUCCUAUAUUUAGAGAAUAAUUGUAUAACUUUUAAUCUUGAGAAGUGAGCUCUGCACUGUCAAAAAUUGGCUUGAAUAGAAUCUCGUAAAUGAAAUAAGCAAAAACCUUUGAUUUCCCAAAGAAGAAAAUACUCUGAUUAUAUGCUAUUUCAUAAUUCUCUGAUUCCUGAUUGCCAUUAUUUUAAAAAGGAACAUCUCUCUGAGAUUCUGAAAUAUAAGCAAUGAUUAAAUAUUACCUAUGGUGACAUUUACAAUUCAUUAAUUUCUUAUGCUUGCUUUCAGCCUCUCAAUUUGUAUAAAAAGAGGCACAUCCAUAAACUGUAUUUGCAUUAAUUUCAAAUUAUCAUUUUCUCCUCUGAAUUGAACAUUUAAAAGAUUAUCUCAUAUUUGUAGAAAAGUCUUAUUGUGGAUGGUGCUAAUUGGUAGUGGGUAUGUUCUCAUUAAAGAAACAAAGAAAAAUGUCAUCACACAUCCAACAUUUGGAGUAGCUGUAUAUAACAUUUUUUAAAUAUAAACCUGGUGAAAUAAAAUAAACAAAUGCCUCAUUUCCCUGCAAAAACAUAAAUGGAUAACAAUAUUUGUGAUAUCUAUAUGAAGAAAUAAAACGUAAGAAAUCUAGAUGUCCAGCAACAGUACUCCCUGGAAGAACAUUCUUAUGACACCUGCAAAAAGAAAAAAAAUUAAAAGGAAAAGACUGGAAUGACAUGGACAAAUAGCCACUGCAAUGUUUCUCUUCACUGUUUAUUUGCUAUUUUAAUACUUUCCCAUUCUUUAAGGGAAAACAUAGCUUUACUUAUACUUCAGACUUGUGAAUACAGUAAGGCUUCUACCUUGUUUUUUUUUUCACAGAGCAAACAAUAGCAAAAACAAGCAGUGGUAACAUAAAUUCCAAAGACAAUGGGUUUUGGCUUUAGUAGGUGCCAACAACUUUCAUGGGAUAAUUCUUCAAUAUUUGACAGUUUUAAUCAAUGCCCUGUUGUAAUCCUAUGGUUUCUUAAUGUCAAUUAGUUUUUUAAUAAAUUAAACUUUAUUUUAUGACUCAAAA